CAGAAGGAGGCGGGCACUUUAAACUUGCGCCAUCGUCCCUUUUCUACGGUUCACCAUCACCUCCAGCUCCCUCGACUUGUCAUUCCCUCACCGUCGCGCCGGACGUUCCCACCCUCGUCUGCUCAAAAGGUUAUUUGCCUCCCCCUCCCUGUUUUCUGGCGUCCGAUUCACUCCUUUUCCUUCCCACACCCCCCUCCCCCCGUGUCAGUUUUUAGCUCGGGGAGUCAUCCUCGUUUCAAACGAGCCCGAUAACAAAGAAGCGUUCUGACCGUUUGUCAGGCGGAAUUGUGUGAUCUUUCUACUCUUGCUCCCCCUUUCCCCCCUGGCUGCUUGGUGUCGAAAAGCCAGUGACACCCUGGUCUACCGUCUAGCCGAGUUACGGGGAAACCUUGAUCAACCCUGGCCGUAACUUUGAUCGAUUUUACCUCUCUGGCCCCUUUCAACUAGGUUCGAACCUACAAAAACCAAAACCAAACGCAAACAAUGGUCAACGGCACCGCGACGGUGUUGGAGCCCACCUUCACGGGAUAUAUCGCGACAACUCAGGAUGCGCUGAUUCUGUUCGAGGCCUGUCUGACAGGCGUCCUGCAUCAUGUGCCCCGUCGGCCGCACGAUCGGGAACGCGGCCACCUGGUGCGCAGCGGCAGUGUGUUCAUCUACGAGGAGAAUUCGUCGGGCAUCAAGCGAUGGACGGACGGCGUGACGUGGAGUCCCAGCCGGAUCCUGGGCAAUUUCCUGGUCUACCGAGAGCUGGAGAAACCCUUCCCUCCCGGCGAAAAGAAGCGAGCGAUGAAGAAGGCCAAUCGACGCCCGGUGCCUUCGACAAGACUGGGGGAGCCGUAUCCGCGACAGGAGAGCGACGGGCCCUAUUCGCCGUCUUCGACCACGGCUCCCUACGGGGACCGGCCACACCAGUCGGACGUGGAGAGAGCUCUGGUCGGAUCGCUCGUGGACUCAUAUGGUUUCAAAGAUUCGGGGUUGGUCAAGAAGACGAUGAGUGUGACGGUCUCGGGGGUGACCCACCACCUGGUGUCGUAUUACAGCGUGGAGGAUGUGAUGCGGGGGCUGUUGAACCCACCGUCCAUGGUCGACUCGCUGCGGUACAUACGGCCUCGUGCGGAAUUGACGCAGAAGCAGAGUUUCCGGGCCCCGAUCGAUGAUUUGGAAACCGGCGGCUUGGAGAACCCGAAUGAUCUCCAUGCGCUGUACGGCUACCGACCUCAGACGGUCGCCCCGCCGGGGUAUGGCAUCCCCAAUCCUCACCCCGAUUUCUACAUGCAUCCCACGUCAUAUACCGCCACUCAUCCGCCGCAGUCGGCGCCCAUCCCAGGCUACUCCAUGGCCGGGUCGAUCUCGGCGCAGCCGGCGUCGAAUCCAUAUCUUCCGGCGCCCUCGGCCCCCACGCAGAUUCCCCAGAAGCCGGACGACUACUCUCAGUUCCGCACUCCCACCCAGUAUGGCACCAGCUUCGACCUGGGCCACCAUCCGCUGUCGUCGUCCAUCCCGUCCGUGCUCAGUACGGGCAUCCCCAGCUCCUUGAGCGACCGCAACCGAUCCCAGUCGGAUCACAGUCCGUCCGCCUACCGGAACUCGUCCAUAUCCUCGCGCAGCGUUGCGACCGACGCGACCUCCCCGAUCGAUCCGGCGACGCCAGCCACCUAUUCCCGGGGCGGCAGUUUCAGCCUGGACGCGCUCGACGGACCGCACCAGCCCCUGGAACAGCGCGGCAUGGGGGCAUUUGACCCGGGCAUCCCUCGUCGGGAGUCGAACGCCAUCCCCGCGCCGUAUUACCCGGGGGCCGACCGGCACCCAUACUACGUGAGUACGACAGCCCCGGCGGCGCACGCCAAUUAUCCGGUGUCGACGUGGACGACGGCGGCUCCGGCGCGGCCCCAGAUCUGACCGGCGUCUGCCCUCACUCUUCCUUCGUUUCUUUUUCUUCCCCCCUCUCUUUCUUUUCUCCCGUACGGUUUUUUUAUUUCGUUCUCCAGAAGGGCGGCAAUUUGGGAAUAGACUAUGCAUAUACGCUGUGGAUGAUUACCCGGGUGGGAAAAACGCUC